AUGAUCAAGAAAACUGUUUUGUGUUUUGCAGUAGCGCUGGUGCUUUGCAUCGUAGCACCGAUGAAGGGUGCGCAGGCCUGGUACAACACCGUAGCACAGCAGGAGCAGUGCUAUCAGAAGCAGGUGUGCACUCAGUAUGACAACCAGUGCACAGGAUAUAGCAACGUAUGUUUGCAGUGGGGCGAGCAGUGCAAGCAAUACGAGCAGGUGUGCACAAGCUGGGAAACCAAGUGCCUUGCCUAUGAGGAUGUUUACAAGACCACUCAGGUCUGCGCCCAGUACGCCCAGACGUGCGCACAGUGGAACUACAAGGAGGACUGCCAACAGGUCAAGCAGGAGCAGAAGCAAUACUAUACUGCCGUGGAGACGCCAGUUGCAAAACAGGACUACAAGAAGAAGCAAGACUAUGUCAAGAAGCAGGAGGAUCAGCAGAAGAAGGACCAGUACAUCUGGGGCCAAAACGGCUGGCGCUGGUACAACCAGGAGCAGCAGCAGAAGCAGCAGGUUCAGGUGAAGAAGGUCAUCGAGACUCCGAUCGCCACCCAGACCUGCAAGAAGGUGCAAGCUGGAUGUGCUCGCUGGCAGCAGGACACCUCCAAGUGCGAGCAGUGGACUACAAACAAACAGAAGAUCGGCGUUCGGUGCGCAAACAGCGCUCAGGUAUGCUCCAACUACACACAGGGCAAGUGCGCUCAGAGCGAGCAGGUCUGCCUGAGUUAUGGCCAGAAAUGCACGGGCUACCAGCAAGUGUGCAAGUCGUACGGCUGGCAAUGGGUCUGCCAGCAGGUUCAGGCCACUGAACAGUACCAGCAGAAGCAGGUUUACGGCCAGAAGGAAGUAUACGGCCAGCAACAGAAGCAAAAGUACCAGAAGGACCAAAAGCAGUACCAGGAUCAGCAGAACUACUGGCAGAAGCAGUACAUGUGGUGA